GUAGUCCCUUUCUGGAGCAGAAAACACUUGAGGAGUGCAGUGUGCAGCCAAUCGACAUUACAUUAAAGGCUGGAAGUAGGAGGCUGGACUUAGGAGUCAAAACAUGGCGAAAUAACAAGUUUCGCAGGUAGAAGCUACGCCGUGUGCCUGGCACCGUUGGACUGCAGUUUCGACAGAGCUGGACGCUGGAGGAGACGACAGUUUAGCAUUAAGUUUAGCGGACGGAUGGCUGCGGUCUUUUGAGUGUUACGGACAUAGAGCCUGGCUGUGUUUCCCCCGGAAGGUUGGCAGUGCUAGGCGCGACUGUCAACACAGAAAAAAUAUGGACUGAGAGGGAAAGUUUAUCCUGGGAAAAAGCUUGCUAGCUCGGCUACGUUAGCUGCGGGUUGAUUAAAGGCGCACACCUGAGCCAGUACUCUGAUUACUUUGCGGUCGGCUUGAAAAAGUGGGGGAUUUAUUAUUAUUAUUAUUUAUUUUUUUUUUUUUGGUCGUCGUGUAAAGUUUGACUCGAAGAAGCAGUGGGAGCUGCGUUUUUUUUUUUUUUUAGAGUCUUUUAAAUCAAAUUGUUCGGCUUGGAUUUAACUGCAGUAUUCCGUCCAUGUAAGGCAGCCAGUGCCAGUUUGACGUUCGGUUCUGGUGCGGACGGACCCGGACGCCAUCACAUCACAGGCGUUGCGUUCUUCUUAAAAACAACCACUGCGUUGAACAAGCCCGCAUAUUUUAUUUUUUUUUUUAUAUUAAUUGUCAGCACAAUUAAAUAGUGCUCCUCUGUCAAAAUCGGGUAGGGUUUUUUUUUUAAAUUAUUAUCAUUUUCGGUGCUUGCAUAAUUUUAUCCGAUAUAUUAUUACUAGGGAUGUUUUACAGCAGCAUCUUGUCAAAAUGAACGCAGCAAGGUGUUCAACAACACUGGAGGUGCGCUGCGUUUAAAACCAGCAAGUUAUUAGCUCGGUUCUAAUGGCCGGCUGAAUUGGAACGGUGCCAUUUUGUUUAAAAAAAAAACAAACAAACAAACAAAAAUCUUAUUUUACGUUCGUUGUGUUUCAGUCAGAAUUUCUAGCUGACAUUUUUCUAAAUCAGCUGCGGAAAACAUCGCAGCUCUCGGCCAGAGUUGACGUGAGCUAGCCUGCUGGGUGCGUCUGAUGCAGCCCCUGGGAUGGACUUGCUAUAUUAAAGGGCUCCGCAUUGAUAUAGAAAAUCAGUUUUCCUGUAUGAUAUCGAUAGAGUAGGCUCGUGGGCAGCCAUUUAUUUUUUUCCUGUCAAAGUUCUUCUUGUGUAAUAAGUGGCUAACUUGUUAGCUAACGUCAUAAGUUUGGCCAGCUAUGUCUGAAAACGCCCCCACACGAAGCCUGGAUGACAUAGACCUCGCAGCUCUCAGGGAUCCAGCAGGAAUCUUUGAGCUGGUCGAGGUUGUCGGCAAUGGGACGUAUGGGCAAGUGUACAAGGGCCGUCACGUGAAGACAGGCCAACUGGCCGCCAUAAAAGUGAUGGAUGUUACGGAGGAGGAAGAGGAAGAGAUCAAAGCAGAGAUCAACAUGCUGAAGAAAUACAGCCACCACCGCAACAUAGCCACGUACUAUGGUGCCUUUGUGAAGAAGAGCCCGCCAGGACACGAUGAUCAACUUUGGCUGGUGAUGGAGUUCUGUGGAGCCGGAUCAGUGACUGACUUAGUGAAGAACACUAAAGGCAGCUCUCUGAAGGAGGACUGGAUCGCUUACAUCUGCAGAGAGAUCUUAAGGGGCCUUUCUCACCUCCAUGCCCAUAAGGUUAUCCACAGAGACAUCAAAGGCCAGAACGUGCUGCUAACGGAGAAUGCGGAGGUCAAGCUAGUUGAUUUUGGGGUGAGUGCUCAGCUGGACAGGACUGUGGGGCGGAGGAACACCUUCAUCGGUACUCCUUACUGGAUGGCGCCUGAGGUCAUUGCCUGUGACGAGAAUCCGGACUCCACUUACGACUUUAGGAGUGAUAUUUGGUCUUUGGGGAUAACAGCCAUCGAGAUGGCAGAGGGAGCUCCUCCUUUGUGUGACAUGCACCCAAUGAGGGCCCUCUUUCUGAUUCCAAGGAACCCCCCUCCAAAGCUUAAGUCCAAGAAAUGGUCAAAGAAGUUUAUCGACUUUAUAGAAGGCUGUCUCGUCAAGACGUAUCACAGCCGGCCCAGCACAGAGCAACUGCUCAAGCAUUCGUUCAUCAGAGACCAGCCCACAGAACGUCAGGUCCGAAUUCAGCUCAAAGACCACAUUGACCGCACACGCAAAAAGAGGGGAGAGAAAGAAGAGACAGAGUAUGAGUACAGUGGUAGUGACGAGGACGAUGAAAAUCGUGGGGACGAUAGAGAAUCAAGUUCCAUCCUCAACGUGCCUGGUGAGUCAACUCUGAGGCGGGACUUCCAGCGGCUGCAGCAGGAGAACAAGGAGCGCACGGAGGCCCUCAAGAGGCAGCAAGCCCAACUGGCCGCCCAGCGCCGAGAUCCUGAGGAGCACAAGAGGCAGCUGCUGCACGACCGACAGAAACGCAUCGAAGAGCAAAAGGAACAACGGCGCCGACUCGAAGAGCAACAGAGAAAAGAGCGAGAGAUGGUGAGGCAGCAAGAAAAAGGCCCCCAUCGGAGACUCGACGAUAUGAGACGGGAGGAAGAUAGGAGGAUGGCAGAGAGGGAGCAGGAGUUUAUCAGGCACAAGUUAGAAGAAGAGCAGCGGCAGCUAGAAAUCCUUCAGCAGCAGUUGCUUCAGGAGCAGGCGCUGCUUAUGGAGUAUAAGCGAAAGCAGCUGGAGGAGCAGCGGCAGUCGGAGCGGCUGCAGAGGCAGCUGCAGCAGGAGCAUGCCUACCUGGUGUCUCUGCAGCAGCAGCAGGAAAAGAAACCCCAGCUUUAUCACUAUAACAAAAACCUAGAGCCCAACAACAAACCCACCUGGGCCCGAGAGGUGGAGGAGCGAAGUAAACUAAACAGACAAGGGUCACCGAAAAUCUGCACCACCGUGUCUGACACUGCCAUCCAGUCGCGCUCAGACUCCAUCAGUCAGUCGGGAAUGGUCCAGUCUGCACAAACGCCUCCAAUGCAGAGGCCAGUUGAACCCCAAGGUGGUCAAGGAAAGUUCCAGAUGGCUCACUUGGUUCCACUGAAGCCUUACGCGGCCCCUGUCCCUCGCUCUCAGUCCCUCUGUGACCAGCCAACUAAGAACAUGUCCGCCUUCCCCACCCAGGACCCCUCCCUCGCCCCCACACCCCGGCCCAUCCACUCCAGAGAGCUUGUACGUCAGAACUCGGAUCCCACUUCUGAAACCCCGGGACCUCAGUUGCAUCAGAUCAGGGAGGAUCGCGGCCCCUGGAUCCGGCUGCCAGAUGUAGAGCUCCCACCCAAGAUUCCUCAGAGAACUGCAUCCAUUGCCACAGCUCUUAACACCAACCUUACCUCUGGCAUUAGGCAUCCUGUAAGAGCCAGCAAUCCAGAUCUCAGCCGCAAUGAUCGCUGGGAGAGAGGAGACGGUAUGAGCAUCAUAUCUGGUCUGCCCCAAACUGGCUCUCUAGAGAGGCAUCGCAUCCUCAGUACCUCCAAAAUGGAUUCACCAAUUCUCUCCCAUGAAAGUCGCCAUAAGCCGGGGGAAUCCCGUACAUCCUCUCGUCCUGGGCGACCUGCUAGCUACAAGAGGGCUAUAGGGGAGGACCAUGGGCUCUACGCUAAGGAGCGUACUGAGGAGCCACCGCGUCCCCCUGUCAAGGCCAAUGAUUACUCCUCAUCUUCAGAAAGCAGUGAGAGUAGUGAAGAAAGCGAAAGCGGCGAGGGACCAGAGGAGGAGGAGAGCCCGACUGAUCGCCACAGAGAUGCAGACAGUGAUUCAGUCAACACCAUGGUGGUUCAUGAAGAUGAGGGUGAGGUGGGAGAGGGAGAGCAAGCUGGAGGAUAUGGGGAUCAGACAAUGCUGGUUCAGAGAACCCCAGAGAAGAGGAGCCAUAACGGAUACACUAACUUGCCAGAUGUGGUGCAGCCCUCCCACUCUCCCACCGAUUCAGCCUCUCACUCCUCCCCAGGGAAGGACUCUGUUUAUGAUUAUCAAUCCAGGGGUUUGGUGAAGGCAUCUGGCAAGUCGUCCUUCACCACCUUUGUGGAUCUUGGCAUGUAUCAGUCACCAGGUGGUACCGGGGACAAUAUGUCCAUCAGCGGCUCCAGAUUUGAGCAGCUGAAGAUGGAAGUGAGGAAGGGAUCCAUGGUGAAUGUCAAUCCUACCAACACGCGCCCUCCUAAUGACACACCUGAGAUCCGCAAGUACAAGAAAAGGUUCAACUCUGAGAUCCUAUGUGCUGCACUUUGGGGUGUGAACCUGUUGGUGGGCACAGAGAACGGCUUAAAGCUGCUGGACCGCAGUGGUCAAGGAAAAGUUUACCCACUCAUCAACUCCCGUAGGUUCCAGCAAAUGGAUGUUCUGGAGGGCCUCAACUUGCUCAUCACAAUAUCAGGCAAGAAGAACAAGGUUCGCGUGUAUUACCUGGCAUGGCUGAGGAAUAAGAUCCUUCACAACGACCCGGAGGUGGAAAAGAAGCAAGGCUGGACCACUGUGGGAGAAAUGGAGGGCUGUGUACACUACAAAGUGGUGAAAUACGAGAGGAUAAAGUUUCUGGUGAUUGCUUUGAAGAAUGCGGUGGAGGUUUAUGCGUGGGCGCCCAAACCUUAUCACAAAUUCAUGGCCUUCAAGUCUUUUGCAGACUUGCCACACAGGCCUGUACUGGUUGACUUGACUGUAGAAGAGGGCCAGAGGUUGAAGGUCAUCUACGGUUCUUGUGCUGGGUUCCACGCCAUCGAUGUAGACUCUGGAAAUAACUAUGACAUUUACAUCCCUGUUCAUGUGAGUUGUAAAGCUUUCAGUCUGCAGUAUUUUGGUAGAAGUGAAAUCUUUGGGGAAGCAUUGACGUUGCUCCUUCAUUGCAAGCAGAUCCAAAGCCAAGUGACUCCACACGCAAUUGUGUUCCUGCCCAACUCUGACGGCAUGGAGAUGCUGCUUUGCUACGAGGACGAAGGUGUUUACGUCAACACCUACGGACGGAUCAUUAAAGAUGUCGUCCUGCAGUGGGGCGAGAUGCCCACAUCCGUUGCUCAUAUCUGCUCCAACCAGAUUAUGGGAUGGGGUGAAAAGGCCAUCGAGAUCCGCUCUGUGGAGACCGGUCACUUGGAUGGGGUCUUCAUGCACAAGAGAGCUCAGAGACUGAAGUUCCUUUGUGAAAGAAAUGAUAAGGUGUUUUUUGCUUCCGUGCGUUCAGGAGGCAGCAGCCAGGUGUACUUCAUGACCCUGAACAGAAACUGCAUCAUGAACUGGUGAAGCGGCAGCUGCUUUGGUCAGUGCGUAGAACCCAGCAGAGCCGACAUUCUUGCUAACGCAUGCACACAAUUUACAAACACUACUCUCUUUUACCCUGAAGCUCCUACAUACUUGCGUGCUCCCACCGCAAACGCAAAGACAUCCAGAACUCACACAGAAAAACAGAAAACAAACAAACAAAAAAAAACACCACAGAACCAAACUCUACAUUCAUUCCAGCCUAAACUGCUUAAGGUACAGCUCACCCCCUGCUGGCAGUCUGCCGGGAAUCAUCAUGAAAAAUCGCAGAUGAGAUUCAAAUGUCAAUAUCCGCAAUUAAUUUAGACUCUGUAUAUAUAACCUAGCUUGAUUCUGUUCUGUUUGUGAAGCUGUCUUCUUUAGUUUGAUCUAUUUAGUUUCUACUUGUGACGUACGUUAACAUUCCUAUAUUUGACGAAGGCAUUAUUUUUCAAGUACUGUGUUCAAAAUCAAUAGUAUAUCGCCUGAGACUUGGACCAGAAUCCGUUUCAAACUUGAAAUGCUGAAGAGUCCAUGUGCUGUGGUGCACAGACCUUAUUUGUUCAGAAGUUUGCCGUUUUGAAAUGAAGUUGUUCCAUAUCAAGGUUAACCACAAACAUUUGAUGUAUUACAAAAAGAUGAGCAAAACCUAGGUGAAGCGGCUUGUUUAAAUACUUCAGUUAUUUGUAAACCCUGUUUGUUUGUUUUUUUGCUGUCACAGCAAUCAGGCCUUGAAUCGUUUAAAUGUACAUUAAAUUUCAGUUCAUUAUUAAUAAAUGAUAAAUCUAGUUCAAAGUCUUUUUUUAUAAGGUAAAUAGAGUCAGAACAGAACAACUUCCUGCUUUAGUUUCUUCUUGGGUUUGUGUAAAAACCAACUCCAUUCAACUUGUAUCCAUCUUUCAUAGGUUUACAAAGUACGCAAAUUUACUAUUUGUAUGUAGUGGUUCUGUAAUAGUUCUAGGCUACUGAUUUUCUUAAUUUCUACUGUACUUCUAAUGCCAUAUUAUUGCAAUAUAUUCUACUGUUGUGGAGUCUUUUUAAGAGGGGAGUUUGUAUGUGAGGCAGCAUGAUGAGAGCUUCAGGAGGAGGAUGGGUGUGGAGGGACAAUCGCUGAUCAACUCUGCUGUAUCAUAUUUUAGUCCUUAAAUUGUUUUUUUGUUUUUUUUGCGUGACUAUGUGUGUGAGGAGUGUUUGCGCAGGAGAACAGCUCUUUGUGGUCUUCAGCCAGCAGAAAAAUUUAUCUUCAGGGAGACGCUGCAGUUCGGCAGAGUACUCCAGCUUUUUGGGCACUUUGAAGAGCAUGAGUGGAACAACUCAUGAAACAUAAUAUAUUUUAUAGAUUUACAUUCUGCCAAAGUUCACAGUGCAUGUUGGGAUAACUGGGUGAGUCGAGGCCAAAGAAAGCAGAAACUAAAUGGAAGCUGUGAAUAGAGGCGAAAACAACUCACAGAUCACUGACCAAGGCUUUCCUCCUGUAAUGUAUAAAUAGUUGGUUUAUAUAUAUAUAUAUAUAAUAUACAGUGUUGAUCGAAGGUUUAGACACACAGAUAA